AUGUUCCAGCCGUCUGCGAAGCGCUGCUUCACCAUCGAGUCUCUGGUGGGCAAGGAACCCACCUCAGCCCCGAGGACCCCCCCGCGCCCCGCCGCUCUCGGCUACCCCGGCCCCGCUACCGACGCCGCCGCCUUCGCCCCCGGCUUCCAGGGCGCUGCCGCCGGCCGGGCCCUCUACGGCAGCGCCGAGCUCGUCUUCCCCGAGGCAGUGGGGCACCCGGCGCUGCCCGUCGGGCCCCACCAGCUGGGGGGCUCGGCGCUGCCGCACCCCCACUCCUUCUUCGGCCCGCAGCACCGCGACCCGCUCAACUUCUACCCUUGGGUGCUGCGGAACCGCUUCUUCGGGCAUCGCUUCCAAGGGAGCGAGGUGUCCCAGGAGAGCCUGCUGCUCCACGGCCCCUUCGCCCGCAAACCCAAGCGCAUCCGCACUGCCUUCUCGCCGUCGCAGCUCCUGCGGCUGGAGCGGGCCUUCGAGAAGAACCACUACGUGGUGGGCGCCGAGCGCAAGCAGCUGGCCAGCAGCCUCAGCCUCUCCGAGACACAGGUGAAAGUGUGGUUCCAGAACCGGCGGACGAAAUACAAACGGCAGAAGCUGGAGGAGGAAGGACCCGACUCGGAUCAGAAGAAGAAAGGUUCCCACCACAUCAACCGAUGGCGCCUCGCCACCAAGCAGUCGAGCGGAGAAGACAUCGACGUCACCUCCAACGACUAAGGCAGGGACAGGCUCCUGGUGCUGCCACCAUGGAGAGGAACCCGGGGGAGGAAGGGGGGACACAGGCGGCAUCACCAAACAAACUCUAGGGACGCCGCCGAAGCCGCUGCCGCCGCCCGCUGCCUUUCCU